CCGCACCAUCUCCGCGGGCAUCAUGCUGCGGAUUUCUGCCUUUCGGCUGCUAGGACGCACGGGGGCGAGUAGGCUCUCGCUCCUGGAGGACUUUAGCUUACGCCACUACAGUUCGGACCCUCUCGGUGUCCAGGACGAUACCCGCGACGCGCGCGCCUAUUUCACCACACCCAUCUUCUACGUGAACGCGGCGCCGCACAUCGGGCACCUGUACUCGGCGGUACUGGCUGACGCCCUGUACCGAUACCAUCGCCUCCGAGUUCCCAGCGCCGCCGCCACGCGAUUCUCCACUGGUACCGAUGAGCACGGCCUCAAGAUUCAGCAGGCAGCAGCCGCUGCGGGCCUGGCUCCGUCCGAGCUGUGCGACAGAGUCUCUGCCCAGUUCCAGCAGCUUUUCCGGGAGGCUGACAUCUCCUCCACCGACUUCAUCCGCACCACUGAGGCCCGGCAUCGGAUGGCUGUGCAGCAUUUCUGGGAGGUGCUGAAGGCUCGGGGUCUUCUCUACAAGGGGCUCUAUGAAGGUUGGUAUUGCGCCUCUGACGAGUGCUUCCUGCCUGAAGCCAAGGUCACCAGGCAGCCUGGCCCGUCGGGGGAUUUGUGUCCUGUAUCUCUGGAGAGCGGGCAUCCCGUCUCCUGGACCAAGGAAGAAAACUACAUUUUCAGGCUUUCCCAGUUCCGGGAGCCGCUCCAGCGGUGGCUGCGGGGCGACCCUCAGGCCAUCACCCCGGAGCCAUUCCAUCACGCAGUCCUUCAGUGGCUGGAAGAGGAGCUGCCGGACCUAUCCGUCUCUCGAAGGAGUAGCCACUUGCACUGGGGCAUUCCGGUGCCCGGGGACGAUUCGCAGACCAUCUACGUAUGGCUGGAUGCCUUGGUCAACUACCUUACUGUAAUUGGCUACCCAAAUGCUGAGUUCAAAUCUUGGUGGCCCACCACCUCUCAUAUCAUAGGCAAGGACAUUCUCAAAUUCCAUGCUGUCUAUUGGCCUGCCCUCCUCUUAGGGGCCGGCAUGAGCCCACCACACCGCAUCUAUGUUCACUCCCACUGGACGGUCUGUGGUCAAAAGAUGUCUAAGAGCUUGGGCAAUGUGGUGGAUCCCAGGACAUGCCUUGACCGCUACACUGUGGAUGGCUUCCGCUACUUUCUCCUUCGUCAGGGCGUCCCCAACUGGGACUGUGAUUACUACGGUGAAAAGGUGGUUAAGUUGUUGGAUUCCGAGCUGGCAUUUGCUUUGGGAGGUCUCUUGAACCGAUGCACUGCCAACAGAAUAAAUCCUUCUGGGACCUAUCCGGCUUUUUGCACUACCUGCUUUCCCAGUGAGCCAGGGUUGUUGGGGCCAUCAGGUCGUGCUCAGGCAGAGGACUAUGCUCUGGUGAUGGUGAAGGGAGGAAAUGAUCAAUGCUCCAGGAAUCUCAAACUGGAUUUAGGGAUCUCUCCAAGGCUCCAUAAGAGAACAUCACAGAGAAGAUGUUAAGUCUGUCAUUUGUGUAGGCACUUAACUUCUACCAGAGUAUUUGUGGUACUGGAGGACACAGGAAAACAAGGAAACCAAAGAGGAGAGGGCAUAAUUUUUACAGAAGACAGGAUAUUUUGAGUGAAGAAGUGUGGUAAGUUGGAUAUGACUUAUUCUGUGGUGAUAUGGAAGAUGAACCAGUUGGAUUCUCUGUAGGAGGCAAAACAGGUAAAGCAAAUACCCUUUGGGUACUGAGGUGAUGUGUUAUUUAAUCCAGCAGUUUAAGAAUGGCAAGUGGAGGAUAGGUGAGACUUAAAACUGGCAGGGAUGCACUUCCAAGAGAGGACAUCCUAACCACUUGUGGGAGAAGAUGAUGAUAAACUUAUAGACAUCUAAGAAGUCCCCUAUUCCAGAAUUGCUAACACCUUAUCUGGCAUCCUGUGGGUUCCUUGACCAGAAAGGAAGUUUCUCCCAAGUACUACCCUAAGGCUGUCAAAUAUUCAUUUUUGAGUAUUCUUGAAGGCAGUGUUGCAUGAGUGAUAGAGCACUUUUCAGGUGUCAUGGAAUGUCACGUUAAAGUAAUAAUAAGCUGUCAACCCAGUAGACUACAGUCUACUAUGAAGUCAUGCAAGAAGUUGUGGGCAAUGUAUAUGUGUGGCACCAUUGUAUAUUAGAGGGUUAUUCCACAAGUGAACUCGUAGAUUAGGCACCUCAGAAGUCAGAAGACCUAUGGCUAUAUGGAGGUCAAGAAUAGGCAGGAACAAGAAAUAGUUAACAGUCUCAUUUCAUUGAAAUCUCACACUUAUUCUGGAAGUAGGCCUCAUUAUUUUUCUUAAGCACCUGUGUGACUCUAUAAGGGCUGAGAAGAGCCUGAUAAAUUGAAUUUUAAGUUGAUGCACUCAAGAAGGCAUAGGCUGGGACAUGGGCUCUGAGGCACAGGCCUUUUUUCUUUUUCCCCUAUAGCUGUAUCUAUGAUUGGCACAUAACUCUUUAGAUCUGGGAAGUUCCGAAAUUGAAGUAAAGUUGGUCAGGUUGUGGGCCUCCAACUAGGAAGACUUAUAAUCAUGAAGUAGCUUGGGUAGCAGGUGGCAGUACCAACCAUUCAACAGAUUACUCCUUGGGCAUUAUGGUAGGGAAGGUUUCCUGGCUCUCUGCUUCACCCCUAAGUGAGUGUGUAGUUGCAGUGUUGGCCUGUAUUAGUGUAACCUUGAGUUACAGUGGGGAAGCAGUCAUGCCUCUUGACUAAGACUUGGUCUAUAAAGCUGCUGUCUGACAAUCUAUAAUUGCCUCCUAGAGGCAGUCCCCCCCCUAUCCAUAGUUUUACCAGAUGGAGAACAACUGUUCUUGCUGGUAAGGUCUGGGAUGCUGUAAACCUUGAUGGGUCCUUGCCCUCAUCUUUUGCCAGAAUGAGUAAUAUCAGUGGAUCUGAAAAGGUAUGGACCUACUGGCAGUCGUGUGUCUAUUUUUGCUG